CGCUGGCUUCUCGGAGAGAGCUCGACCCGGCCAUGGAAGCCCGGCUGCACUACUCCAGGCCGCUUCUCCUGCAGCUGCAGGGACCGGCCGUUAGCCCGGCGCCCGCCCCCGCGACGGCCGGCGCCGCCGUUCCGGACGCUCGAUCAGUUCCGGUCCCGGCCUCGGCCGACGCCUUCACCUUCCUCAACGCCAACGCGAUCCUCGUCCUCGCGCUCCUCGUCUGCGGCCUCGUCGCGUCGCUCGCGCUCCGCGCCGUGCUCCAGUGCGCGCUCCGCGUCACGCGCCAAGCGUUCCGGUCCCGCAGCGGAGGAGCCGGCGGCGCCCCGGAGCAGGACGACCCCGGGCAGGGCGCGGGGCAAGCGGCGAGGGGCGGCGGGAAGCAGCCGCAGCGGCCGCCGCGGCGGGUGACGAGGCUGGUGCGGGUGCUGCCGUGCCUUGCCUACUCGGCGGGGCUGGCGCAGGAGCUGGCCGGGUCGUCGCGGUCGGAGUGCGCCAUCUGCCUCGCGGCGUUCGCGCGCGGGGAGGCCGUGCGCGUGCUGCCGCGCUGCGGCCACGGGUUCCACGCGCGCUGCAUCGACCGGUGGCUCGCGGCGCGGCCGACGUGCCCCACCUGCAGGCAGGCGCCGUUCGACCAGACCACCGCGCUCCUGCAGCCGGCGGACGGCCCCGGGCCGGCCGUCGUCGCGCCGCUGGUGCGCGUGGUCGUAGUCGGCGAUCGCGUGGCCCGCCUUGUGGAGCCGUAGCACUCGCGCUCGCGGGACCGUUAGAGGUAGUGCCUGUACAUUUGCAAAACCGUGUAAGCGCCUAGCGGAAUAUAGGCCUGGCACUUUGGACAUGUCACGCGUACUGGGGAAUUGAUAUGGGAUACUGCGAUUAAGGUGUUCAUUUCCCUAGUUUUUUCUUUCCUUUUCUCUCUUCCCGCUUUAUUGUUUGCGUCGAAGUCGUCAUUCAGGGACUAGCUGGUAUUGCACAUGCAGGAGACGCUGGCACGAAGCUGAACAUGUUCUCUUUUAUA